UCAUAGUGUUUUCAACCUUCUUCCUCUGAAAUAACAAUGGAAGCUAAGAGAUUUCUGCUACUUUUCUUCCUUCUCUCCCUCAUCUCCAUAUCUACUGCUGCAACAACUCAAAAAGUUCGGGCCCGGAAGCCUUGCAAGAGCAUGGUGUUUUAUUUCCAUGACAUAAUUUACAAUGGCAAGAAUGCGAAGAAUGCGACUUCAGCCAUCGUAGGUGCACCACAAUGGGCCAAUAGGACCCUUUUGGCGGGACAAAACCAUUUCGGAGAUUUAGUAGUGUUUGAUGAUCCCAUUACCUUAGAUAACAAUUUGCAUUCAACCCCAGUUGGUCGUGCACAAGGCUUUUAUAUCUAUGAUAAGAAAGACAUUUUCACUGCUUGGUUCGGUUUCUCUUUCGUUUUCAAUUCUACCGAGCAUACGGGAAGCAUAAACUUUGCUGGGGCUGAUCCAUUGAUGAACAAGACCAGGGAUAUCUCAGUAAUUGGUGGAACUGGUGACUUCUUCAUGGCUAGAGGAGUGGCUACUUUGAUGACUGAUGCCUUUGAAGGGGAAGUUUACUUUCGUCUUCGAACCGAUAUUAAAUUUUAUGAAUGUUGGUAACAAUUUUUCCUCUUGCGGUACACCAAUAACCAAUUGUAAUUUUCAUUUUCCAAUCGUCAAUUUGUUGUUUCAUGACAAUGAAUGAAUUGUACGAGUCUUUAUUGUGGUUAAGGCCCCUACUGGCUCUGUCAAUUUAUUAGACAGAACUUA